UUAUCCUCCUGGUUUUGAACCAAGUCAAUCGCCAAAUCCUCUUCCGUCAAAUCCUCAACCGUCAAAUCCUCACUCUUCAUAUCCUCGAGCCCAACAACAUAACAUGGAAUACCUGUUUGGUUUUCCACCAAGUCAAUCGUCAAAUCCCCAAUCGUCAAAUCCUCGAACCCAACAACAAGACUAUCUGUUUGGUUUUCCACCAAGUCAAUCGUCAAAUCCUCUAGCGUCAAAUCCUCGACCCCAACAACAUAGACUUUAUUUGUCUGAUUAUGAAUCAGGUCAAUCGUCAAAUCCUCAACACCGACAUCAUCACUUUGGUUAUUAUCGUGGUUUUGGUUCGCAUCGUAAUACCUACCAGAUUCCUCCACGAAUGCAAAAUCCUGAAGAUGAUGCCGAUUUGGCGAAUCCAGUACAAUAUAGAUUCGAAGGUGAAGAACCUCAACCGUAUAUAGAUGGGCAACCGAUUCAAUCUCUAGCCUCGCGACGCCAAGCAUUUUCUGUUCCAUCAGGUUACGGCCCGAUUUACCGAUAUGCCGGGCAGCCUGGCCAGCAUGGUUGGUUUAUGAAUAAUUUAAUUUUUUUGAUUUUUAAAAAGAUGCUAAAAUUGCCGGCUUAA